UCUUAUUUGGAAUGUAGGUGGACAGGGGACAUAUUUCUCCUCAAGUAGGACUUCACUGCUCUGCUCCGACCAAGUCCUCUCCUCUUUUCCAGCAUGCUGUGUCUGUGGCUCCCCGGAGGCUCCUGCAUGGCGCCUCUCCUCAUGGCAGUGACCCUGAUGGUGCUGAGUCCUCCCCUGGCUUUGGCCAGGGACACCCGACCGCGUUUCAUGGAGUCUGUUAAAUAUGAGUGUCACUUCUCCAACGGGACGGAGCGGGUGCGCUACGUGGAGAGACUCUUCUACAACCAGGAGGAGUUCGUGCGCUUCGACAGCGAGGUGGGCGAGUACCGCUCCGUGACCGAGCUGGGGCGGCCUGACGCCAAGUCCUGGAACAGCCAGAAGGAGACCCUGGAGGACAGGCGGGCCGCGGUGGACACGUACUGCAGACACAACUACGGGGUUGGUGAGAGCUUCACUGUGCAGAGGAGAGAGAGACAGAAGAGAACUGUGUGUCCUGUGCACUCCCAGGUGAUGCUACACAGAAAUAUUCGAGUGUGCUCUGUGAGUGGCUUCUACCCAGGCCACAUGGAAGUCAGGUGGUUCCGGAACGGCCAGGAGCAGGAGGACGGGGUGGUGUCCACAGGCCUGAUCCGGAACGGGGACUGGACCUUCCAGACCCUGGUCAUGCUGGAAACAGUUCCUCGGAGCGGAGAGGUUUACGUCUGCCGGGUGGAGCACCCGAGCUGGAGCAGCCCCGUCGCCGUGGAGUGGAGGGCACAGUCUGGAUCUGCACGGAGCAAGAUGCUGAGUGGAGUCGGGGGCUUUGUGCUGGGUCUGCUCUUCCUGGGGGCGGGGCUGUUCAUCUACUGCAGGAAUCAGAAAGGACACUCUGGAGUUCAACCAACAGGACUCCUGAGCUAAGGGAGGUGACAGCACUGCAGGAGGACCGUGUCCCUGCUUCUCCACGUCUCCUCCACGUCCCGACCAGAUCCCCGCUCGGCUCUCGUUCUCCCACAGACAGAGGCCCAGGGCGCACAGGACUCUUCCUCCCUGAGGCCUUCUCUGGCCCUGGGCCACCCCGAAGCUCCAGCACUGACUGCAGCCUCCCUUCUUCUCUGUGGCCCCUCUGUGCUCACCGUUUACCUCCUCCACCUGCCGAACUUCCCUUAGGAGACGUUGCUUUGCCACUUUCUUUUCCUCAAAUAAACAUAGAGUGAAAAA